CAGAGUAGAGAGAGUUGGGCCACACGACGCUGAAAAUCGAAUCCAAUGAGCGAUCACCGGCACCACGAUGAAAACGACGGACGAGAAGAAGCUGCAGUGGAAACUGAUCCGACCUCACAAUCAAAGCAACAACGGUAGCAACUAGAAGAAGGAAGCAUGCAAGAAGAUCACGAAUUGCGCAAGCUUCUGGUGCCGGACAUUGGAGAUCUUCCUCUUAUUCCUCCCUCAGCCGUCGAAACUAACUUCGCCUCUUACUUCGCUGCAGAUUUUAUGAAGCCAGGACAUGAUCAGUAUAUUUACCGCCAUGCAAACGGCUUGUGUGUGAUUGGCUUGGCUUCUACACAUGUUGCUUUUAAGGAUGAAGGAGGAAUCACAGCUGUUGAUUUCAAUGUUGGCAAAUCUGAUAGGAGUGGCGUGAAAGUCACUGGGAAGCGAAGAGGAAUUAAUGCACAACUCUUUGAGUCGAAUACAGCUUUGUGUAAAGUUUGCACGAGCACUUCUUCUUUUAUUGUCAGGUGUUGCGUUAAAGGCUCUCUGUUGGAAGUGAAUGAUAGAUUAAUUGAAAAACCAGAAUUGCUUAAUUCUUCGCCUGAUAGAGAAGGGUAUGUUGCUAUUAUCAUGCCAAAGCCUGCAGAUUGGCUCAAGAUUAAGGGUUCUUUGCUGAGCCGUGAAGAAUACAAGAUAUUGAGAGGGUAAAGGCUUAACAAUUGAAAAACUUGGAAUCAUCUCUGGACUUGUACCUUGAAAGAAUGCAACAAUGAAAGGCAUCAGCAGCCUCACUAAAUUGCAUGCUUUGACUAGAAUCCCUCCACCAUUGGUGCUUGAGACAUUCCCCAUCAGGUUGACCUUUUUACUCUCUUUAACAUUUGUAGUUCUCAGUCAGAAACCGAAGGAUCAUCUGGUGCUUUUGCAGUUUUGUAUCAUUAGUGAAAUUUAUUUGGCAAAAAAUUAUUAUUGCCAUGAUCUAAACAAGAUUAAUUAUUGAGUGAUUUGGUAACUUUUUUUUUCUUAAGACUUUUCUCUGUUAGUACACCUAUUGAUUUUAAGCUACAUAAUAGGAUGGCCAUCCCUGUCAUCGGUCAC